AUGUCCUACACACAACAACCUAUGGCCACCCCCGGCAUGAUCGUCCAGGGCAAUCGCAACGUCAGGAAUAUCCCCAACGAAGCUGAUGGGCGCGAAUGGAGCAAUGGUCUAUGCGGAUGCUGCGACGCUCCGGGAACUUGCAUCGUCGCUUGGUGCUGCCCGUGUAUCACCUACGGCAAGGUGAAGCGCCGUUACGAGCACCUGAACUCCAAGGGUUACCCCGAUCCCGAGAACGGCGGAUGCUGCAAUUCCGACUGUGUCGUCCACGGUUUCGUUACGAUGUGCGGCUUCGGAUGGGUCAUGCAGAUGAUGAACCGCGGCAACAUCAGGUCGAGGUACAACAUCAAAGGAGGAGGAUGCGGUGACUGCUGUGCUUCGUUCUGCUGCACCCCCUGCGAGCUCACGCAAGAAUCCAUCGAACUCGAACUUGAGGAGCAGUCUUAUGGUGGAAAGCACUGA